UUACUAGUCUCACUCUGAUGCUACUGUGGCUGCCUUCAUGCUAUCCGUGUCACUACAACCAUUCGCGUCUCUCAGGAAUAAAUCUGAGGAUGUCAGCAGGAAAACAAAGUAAAAAUGAGUGGAGAGCGAUGCCAGAUGUUCAAGAUUAGAGCCGAGCGCACAAAGUGCUACAGUCUCAGAGAGCACCUGCAGUACAACCAUAAUGCAGCGUCCACAUGAUAUUGAUCAAGACCAGGCUAAGCUGCUUAUGAAAGGAGCUUCAGAGAACAGUACAAUCAGACCCCCUCCCCUCGGCCCCCCACACCUCUUGGAGGAUAACUUGUUCCUCUCCCCUGCUCUACCUGUGUCCCACCCUUAAUCCCACCUUGGACUUAAGAGAAAAAACAGCACAGAGGAGAUAGAGACAAUGGCAGUCUUAAGAGUCAAAUUCACCAAAACCAAGAGGGACAAGCUGGCCCAGGUGCUGUGGAUCCUCAACUGGAUCUCAGUGGUUACAGGGGUCAUCCUCUUCAGUCUGGGGCUCUUCCUCAAGGUGGAAAUCAACAAGCGAGGGGAGCUGAUGGCUGAGAGGGACAUCCAGUACGUCCCCAACAUGCUGAUAGCUGUGGGUCUCAUUGCUUGCGCCAUCAACUUCCUGGGUGGGAAGAUCUGCUACGACUGCGUAGACACCACCAAGUUCUUGCGCUGGAAGCUGAUCAUGCUGCCCUACAUCAUCUGCACCUUCUUCUUCACCUUCUGCGUGCUGGUGGGGGCUCUGAUGUGCUACAGCAUGCACGGGGAGCUGGAGGAGUCUCUGGAUUUGGGGCUGACGGAGGCCAUGAGGUUCUAUAAGGACACAGACACACCAGGACGCUGCUUCCUGAAGCGCACUGUGGACUUGCUGCAGAUACAUUUCCAGUGCUGUGGAAACAACGGCUAUAAAGACUGGUUUCAAAUCCAGUGGAUAAGCAACCGCUACCUGGAUAUGUCCCAAAAAGAGGUUUUGAACCGGUUAAGGAGUAACGUGGAGGGGAAGUACCUGAUGGAUGGAGUCCCCUUCAGCUGCUGCAACACGAACUCCCCCCGACCCUGCAUCCAGCAGCAGAUCACCAACAACUCUGCCCACUUCAACUACGAGCACCAGACCGAGGAGCUGAACCUGUGGAUGAAAGGGUGUCGCCAGGCGCUGCUGGAGUAUUACGUUCACAUUAUGCAGUCCAUUGGCCUCGCAGUCCUCAUAACCUGGUUGUUUGAGCUGUCAGUGUUGACAGGGGUUCGUUACCUCCAGACCUCCCUGGAAAAUGUGCUGAGACAAGGAGACCCCAACUCUGAAUCUGACGGCUGGCUGCUGGAAAACAGCUUCAUGGAAACCGCUCGCACCAACCUGAACAUCAUCAAGAGCCUCGGCAAAAACAACCAGAUAGACACAUCCAACAAUGGAGACCCCAACAUUAACGUGCCCUCCACCUCCAAAGCACACUACGGGCCUGACAAUGUUCCACCAAAGCAGAUUACUGAAGACAGUUGAAAACAACACGGUGAAAUGCAUUUCUAUUUGGACUUUAAAGCGUUGCUCACAUUACAUUUGUGUUUCUUUUCAUCUGUAUGACUUGAUUUUCUGCAGAUUAUACCUUAUUGACUUUAUACAGCCACAAAUGACUACAAAUCUGUCCAUAAAUGUUCCAUUUUCAUAACACCAUAACAUAUAUCACCAUAAAUGUGUACAUUUUUCUACACACCUGUACUGUAAUCUGUUGUUUACAACUGAUAUCUUGUUGCCUGUGUAUCACGUGGUUUUGCAACUAGUGCCCAAAAUAUCACCUGCCAGCUGCAACACUGGAAUCAAUAUGAACUUGAAAUACAAAGUAUAUUAUUGAUAGAUGAACAUAAGAGUAGCACUGUGAGUCAGAAGUUAAAGACCCAUAAUUAUUUUUGCUUGAUUUAGUUGGAACAGGAUAGAAAUGCCAGAGUUUAGAAGUUAUAACAAGAAUUUGCAGUUUAGAAGCUAAAUAAGAUAUUUGGUUAGCAGGUUCUGGGUGUUUAGAACAAUAGUAACAUUUUUGGAUCCUCUUUGUGCAUUUUUUCCUGACUUGCCUGACUGCAUUAGCAAACAAAGUUGUACCACAGUUAGUAAACAGUAUCAGAACUACAGUAACUUUAUACUUUCACAUCAUGGAAAUCCGUACGUAAUUGAUAACAGGCUUUCUAGAACACAGAAGUCAUCGCUAAAAACUGAAUCUCAUGUGCCUCAGCAAUAUCACCGCACAUUGUGCUAGGAUGAGCUACCAAAAGCUUGACAAUAAAACUUUUUAAACCUC